AUGGCAUCGCUCGAAUACAAGCUCGUCGUCGUGGGCGGCGGUGGUGUCGGCAAGUCGGCCCUCACUAUCCAGUUUAUCCAGUCACACUUUGUGGACGAGUAUGAUCCCACCAUUGAAGACUCAUACCGCAAGCAGUGUGUGAUUGACGAGGAAGUGGCCCUGCUUGACAUUCUUGACACAGCCGGCCAGGAAGAGUAUUCGGCCAUGCGCGAGCAGUACAUGCGCACCGGCGAAGGCUUUCUCCUCGUGUACAGCAUCAUUGACAAAAACUCGUUUGAAGAGAUUCAGGGCUUUCAUAGCCAGAUCCUCCGCGUCAAGGACAAGGACACUUUCCCCAUGAUCUUGGUGGGCAACAAGUCAGAUCUCGACUCGGAGCGGCAGGUGUCCACCGGCGAGGGCCUCGAGCUUAGCAAGCAGCUGGGCAUCAAGCACGUUGAGACCUCCGCCAAGCAGCGUGUCAACGUCGACUUUGCCUUCCACGAACUUGUCCGUGUCAUUCGCAAGUACAAUCGCGAGAACAUGCCGCAGCAAGCGCAAAAGAAGAAAGGCGGUUGCAUCAUCCUCUAAAGUGGAUGAGUCACCCCCACCUACCCCGCGCCAAUCCCCCUUGGUUCUUCUUUACACUGACGACCCCCCUACAUUGCCCUUCUUGGCCGUUGAGCGGCACGGGCAUGGCGGUGUGAGGUCAGGUCCGGCUUGGCCGGCGACGCUUCGUGGUUGAUCCUUCAUUUUCUUGGUUGUCGUAAAAGCCCUUCUCUUGCUUUUUCUUCCGUCUCCUCUUGUGCAUGUUUGUGUGUGUUUGUAGUUUUUCUUUCUUUAAUCUCGUGUUCCUUCCGUGUCCCAUGUACUUUGGCCAACUGCCGGCCCCUGCCACGUUGGUUUAUGUGCUUGUGAUUGCAGUAGUCAUUCACAGCCCCAAGAUAAUGUCGACAGCGAGAUGGUCGGCACGCACAGCCAGCACUCGUCACGUUUCCUUUAGAUUGGGUCUGGUGUGCUGGAUUGAUGAUGACGACUGGACCUUCACCCUGUGGCUCAUUUUUUGUUUGCCCCUUUCUUUCUUUUUUCUUUUCCUCCUUUUAAAAUUUC